AUGGACCAGGACGUCACCAUGACCGGCGCGCAGCCGUCUUCUUCUGCUGCGCCAGGAACGGCACAGGCUGAUCCAGCCAACGGCGCGGCAAACCCCUUAGCUACGUGGAACACCCCCAAGCACCGCGAAGAGGUCGAGGCAUACAAGCAACGACUCACCGAUCAAGGCUUCAACGCAUCCGACUAUGGCGACCCUCUGACGACAGUGCGGCCCUUGGAAAAAAUCUAUAGCCGGCCGUUUCCCGAGGGCGCAGAGGCACGCAUGCGGGCGCUAAUUGAGAAGAAGUAG